AAACGGCGCAUGGAAUUCCAUCAAAUGGGGCUUAUUGGCGGGAAAAUGUCCGUACAGUCCUUGUUCAUUAUAUAGCUAUUACUGGAAAACCCACCUCCUUCCCUUUUAACAUCGCGAAAUGUCCCCCAAUUCCUCAUUCCGCCAUUGAUUUCAUCUGCUCGCGAGAGUAACAGAGCCUAAUAUCAGAAACUUUUCGAUUGGGCUGUCCGGGUUGACAAUCGUGAAGAAUAAACGGUUCCGAAUCACUGGGUUCUGCGAAAAUGGCCUCGGGCGAGUUCGACGAUGAAGCGGAGGCGACUGUGUCGAUCAAUGAAUAUAUCGAGAGCAUAGAAGCCGACGAACUGGAAGCAGAUUUGGUUUUGGGUGGAGACGAGGGCGAUGAGUGUACGUAUGCAAAGGGUUAUAUGAAGAGGCAAGCCAUUUUCUCAUGCUUGACUUGUACCCCCGAGGGAAGUGCCGGAAUUUGCACAGCUUGCUGUUUAUCAUGCCACGACGGCCAUGAGGUUUUGGAACUCUGGACCAAGAGAAAUUUCAAAUGUGAUUGUGGGAACUCAAAGUUUGGGGCUUUCGCAUGUAAGCUUCUCCCAAGCAAAGAUGCGGAAAAUUCUGAGAAUUCUUACAAUCACAACUUCAAAGGUUUGUACUGCACUUGCGACCGACCCUACCCCGACCCGAAUGUGGAAGAGCAGGAGGAGAUGAUACAGUGCUGUAUAUGCGAAGACUGGUUUCAUGAGGAGCAUCUCGGUCUGAAUUCCACCGGUGAUUUUAGUAGUCAGCAGCAGAUUCCAAGAGACGAGGAAGGGGAGCCGGUGUAUGAGGAUUUCAUUUGCAAACUCUGCUCGCCCAUUUGUUCGUUUCUGGCACUUUAUCCCGAAAACCUUUGGGUUGCUCGGACAGAAACCACUGGUUCUGCUGAUGCCUGUUCAGGCAAAACCGAGUCAAAGGAAACCUGUACAGAUGCUAGACCCGACAAGCUUGAGAAUGGUAAUGAACCUGAAAAAACUGUUGUCGGAGAUAGCUCCCAGAGUAACGACGACUCAAAAUCCAUCGAGGGGCUGUCUGCUUGUGUUAUCCCGACAGAUCCGAAGUCUUGUCCUCAUGAGUUUGAGAGCAAACCGCUGUUUCUGUCCAAAAACUGGAGGGACAUCCUAUGCAGAUGUGAGAAAUGCUUAGAGAUGUACAGCCAGAGGAACAUUGGCUAUUUACUUGACGUGGAGGACACAAUAGCUGAGUAUGAGAAGAGGGCAAAGCAGAAAAGAUCGGAGAAACUGGAGCGACAAGAGGGCGAAACCUUAGAUCUUCUCAACAACCUCGACCACGUAGCCAAGAUGGAGAUUCUGCAUGGCAUCAAAGACUUCAAAGAAGAGUUCCGUGGUUUAUUGGAGACUGCUGGGCCGUCAAAGACCAUAACACCUGCAGAUGUUGAGAAAAUGUUUCAUAAUCUGAAGAACAAGCGCAAACGCAUGGAAUGAGAGACGCUGUCAUGCCAUGGCAUGGCAUGGCAUGGCAUCACAUGGGCUUUCAGGUACUCUCUGCAUCUCUUUGCUUCCUUUUGUCGCCUGUUCUUCUUGGUAGAUUCCAAAAGUGCACUAAAAAGUUUGUAGACUUGUUAACGUUCUAGUUUCCCUUUUAUCUAUAUGGUAUGAGAAUGAGACUGCUCUCUUGUACGGACCGUGCCAGUUAGCUUAUUAUAAGAACUAUAUAUAUAUAUAUAUAUGGAAUAGUUGUGCAAACUAAGUGAUGCUUUAGUUCGGUUGCUACACAGAUUUCUUGCCCUCCGGUUCUGAUGUAACAUUUUUUUGGGCUUUCA